AUGCUCCGAGCUAUCAUCGGGAUCAUUCAAGGUCCCAUGCAACGUGGCUAUGGCACUCGCGCCAUCAACAAACUGCUGGUGCAGUCACUAGGCAAUGAGGAAGUGGUUGCUCUUGUCAGAGAUGAUGGUGACGUUGAAGCAUACUACACACGGCAUAUAUACAGUGCCAUCGAGAAGCGAGCCUACUAUGAUAGCACUCUUGGCAUCUUGUCUGCCGAUAUCAAGCCGUUCUUCCAAAGGAGUGUGGGAUUAAGUGCCUGGGGAUUGGCUAUACACAGCACGGCUCGCAUGAUUGCUGUGAGCGCUAACACACAUGCCACCACGGUCUUCACCUUUGCCCUUACCGAUGGUGACCCAGAGGACGACGAUGAGAUCCCUGAUGAAGACGAGGUCUACUACUACGGAAUGAGCGGAGUGGUCCCGCCAAAUGACAGACGCCGGAACGAUGUACGUGUAUUGGCUCACUCNGGGGGAACACACAACCUGCCGGAUAUUUGCUUCUGUAAUACCGGACACGAUCCUGCCGGGAGAUGGCUUUUGACAGCAGAUCUUCACGGACAAGUCGCCGCGUGGGAUGUACACAGCCUACAGUUGAAUCAACUCGUCAACACCGCUCUCAGCCCCCCUAUCUUUCGGGUACCCAAAAACAGGUUCGAUGAUCGCAAUGGAGUGUGGGGUCUGUUGUUUCUCGAUCCACUUUCUUUCCGAACCACAACCACGAUCGAGGAAGCUUUGGGUGUUCCCACCGACCAUACUGCUGUAGACUUAGAGAAAGAGAAGGACAAUGCUAUUUGGGAUCUUGGAAAGACAGUGGACUGUAUUAACCACGUCCGUCGUCCAUUCAAGGAUGUGGGACGUCCGGUUGAGGUGAGGAACGGCAAUUUUGCUCACCCUCUAGAGCUGUCGCGGCACAGAAACCAUGAAUCUUCGAUCAGACAUUCUGCUAGGCGGACUGAUGCAGAAGCUGACAGAAGCAGUGAAGAAGAGGGAGAGGAGGAGCAAGAAGAGGAAGAAGAAACGGAAGAGAGCAAUGAGGAGGACAACCCGUGGGACAGCGACGACAGUUACGAGAAUGGCUACGAUUCUGCUGAGGAUACACAUGUGGCGUUUACGAGGCGAGAUGGAACCAUCUGCCAGAUCGAAAAACCAAACAUGUGCGGCGACCUUCCGUGUCCCAUACUACAGCUCUCGUUCAAGGAUAUUUACCUCUAUCAACCAGCACCGAACAGCAAGGCCUGGGAUCACUUGCCUAUGCCAUCUACAAGACGUCUGUUCCAGCAACAAGUGCCCGUUGCUUUCGAAACCGGAUCCGGCAAGUUCGGCCGCAUCAACAUGUACGCGCAAAUACCGAGCCUCGGAGUUGUGAUCAUUGCGACACANAAAGGUCGCGUUGCUGUUUUAUCGCUUACGCAAAGUGUUGCUCGCAUGCUUGACUAUGAAAAGGUUGAAACAAAACAAGCACCGCUCGAAAAAGCGCGAAUGGACAAACGCAUCUAUGGAUAUCGAGUAGAUCACAUUCUGCCUCUGCCCAGCCAGGAAGAAGCCGGCCAUCGGCCCAAAGCUGGAAUUCACGGUAUCGCCGUGGGACCCGUGCAGGGAACCGAACAUGUUGAAGAUGGUCUCAAAAGAUGGCGUCUACUGGUUCAUUACCAAGACAUGUCCAUUUUGGCAUAUGAGAUUGGAAAGCCAGCAAGAGGUCAAUUCGACUUGGACUUGAUGGCUAUCUAG